ACCAAUCAGAACAAUGUAAACUCACAAGGACUACAAAGAAUGCUUCUCAACUUUCAGGCGUCCAACAUUCAACCAGGUGUUAGUGAGUAGGAGAUGACAAGACUAAAGACAUACUAAUAUACCAUGUUCAAUUAAUUACCUUUAUAAUUGUUUAAUUCUUCACUUUUGAAACCUUAUAGUCUCCAAUCCUCCUUGCACCUCGUUCCAGCUCGUGCACCUCUUCUUCUCAGCAGCCAUGGAUUCGCUCAUUAAGGAAUUUAGGACGGCAUAUGCCGAGAUGAAAGGUGACCGGCUUGCCGAAACCAUUCGGCCAGAUACGCAGACGUACGCAUCGAAGUUACAGUCUAUUUGGGGUCGGGGAAACCAACGGGAUGCUACAGCCGACCUCAAUUUCUUAUUCUACACGGACCCUUCGCGUCCCAGGCUGUCUCAAGAGGAGACAACAGGUUGGUUCGAGAUUUAUUUUUCCUACUGGAAUGCGAUCGGAGAAAUACUCGCCGUUGAAGGUCUACGAAAUGAUACGAAGAAGUCAUCCAAGCCGUCAUGGACGAAGGUAUAUGAAGCGUGGAAGAAUUUAACAUUACAAGUCAUCCGUGGAUAUACGCAUCAUGAAUUCGAGAACUGGACUAUUCCAUGCCUGUACGUUGCGGGGAGGUAUUUGCGACUGUUUGCCAUCCGAGCAGACGAGGAGAGAAAAACCAGCACCGAGUAUAGUACCGAGGCCGUGAUGCAAGAUGACUUCGACCCGGAGUAUGAAGAGCAUAAGAUGCUAGAGGACUGUACACGGCACCUUAAUAGAAUUUUUCAAACCUGCUUGAACGAUAGAGCGCCACUGGAAGAAUCCCGUAAAUGGGGCAUCUACUAUGCCAUCAAUCUCCUAUUCAAGAGUUACUUCAAACUUAACUCCGCCACGCUAUCUAAAAAUGUCCUGAAGGCGAUCCAAGCAGGACGGGGAGAUAUGCCGACGCUCGACAAAUUUCCCAAGUCGCAGCAGGUCACCUUCAAGUAUUAUGAAGGAGUUUUGGCAUUCCUUGAGGAAAAUUACGUGGAGGCCGAACAACAUCUUACUACAGCCUGGCAUAUGUGCCAUAAAGACUCCAAGAGGAAUCUUGAGUUAAUAUUAACUUAUCUUAUUCCGUGUCAUCUCCUCACAACACACACGCUACCUAGUUCCGAAUUGCUCGAGCCAUUUCCACGACUACAGCAACUCUUCUUACCUUUGGGUGUGGCAAUCAAAAAGGCGGACCUUCGCGCAUUCGAUGCUGCGCUACGGGACGGCGAAAAUGAGUUUAUUAAACGACGCAUCUAUCUCACCCUGGAACGUGGUCGCGACAUCGCCUUGAGAAAUCUUCUCCGCAAAGUUUUCAUUUCGGGUGGCUUUGAGGAAGGGAAGGAUGGUGCUGCACCUGUUCGUCGCACGAGGAUACCGGUGGCUGAGUUUGCUGCGGCGAUAAAGAUCAGCGGCGGAGGAGACAUCGAUACUGAUGAAGUAGAGUGUCUCCUAGCCAAUAUGAUCUAUAAGAACUUAAUGAAGGGAUAUAUUGCCCACGAGCGCGGUUUUGUGGUGCUGAGCAAGAAUGGCGCGUUUCCCGGGACAAAAGUUUGAGUCAACGAAUCGAAUGGGUGGGUAGAAAAGUGAGGAACACAUCUGUCUUCCGAUAGAAUGAGGCGAUGAGUAGGCGACGCUUUAAGUACGUGUCGUUAGCCUGGGCAACUAGGAGGAUGUUGACCGAGGAGGGAUAUUGAGAUGCCUUGCAUAAAGGAUGCGACCUACGGGUGCGGGGAAGAAUGGUGCUACUGAAUUCGGGUAUGAUUAGAUCCCGCCCUGCAGCCUCCUCUUAAUUCGUCUAUAGAGCGAAUAAGA